AUGGACGCCCUCAGACUAUUAUCUCGGUCUACUGGCCUGAAGGCGAAGAUUUCCAAGGAACCGCCCCAAAAUCUUCCAUCUGCCUCUGGAUCCGUGAUUUCUCAGAAUGGAGAGGAUCCCAGUCUAAACCGAAAGCGCAAGCGAGACUCUGAAGAUGCAAAUAAUGACCAAGUUCCACAAGCUACGUCCAACCUGCUCUCGGAAGACGAAGUUCGGCAAUUUCAAAAAAGGCACAAGAUCAAAAUCGUCGACUUGACCCGUCUUCAGGGAGCGAGCCGGUCUGAAGAAUCACGAAAGUUGCGGAAAGAACAAUCUCGAAUUUAUCCACAGCCAGUCACGUCUUUUGGUCAACUCCGCACCCAUUACAAUGUCAACCCGGCUCUGGCAAGCAACAUCGCAGAGCAGGCAUAUUUUGAGCCUACCGAGGUUCAAGCUGCCACAUUUUCAUUGCUUUUGAAGUCUUCGGUCGAAGAGGACCAACGGGAACCCGACCUUUUGGCCAUCGCGCCCACAGGCAGCGGAAAGACGCUCGCAUUUCUGAUCCCUUUGAUUGAGAAAACCAUCAGAGCUCAUCGGCAAAGACAGGACCAAGCGGAGAAACAUGUCAGCGCCAUCAUUCUCGCGCCCACCAAAGAACUUGUGCCACAGAUUGUGAAUGAGGGACGUAAGCUGUGCUCGAGUACUGGUGUGAGCAUUACAGCCAUGAGAAAAGGGAUGAAACUAUUGGAAGGGCAUCCUGCCUCGGACGAGAAUCAGUCUUCAGAAGAUGAUUUUGAGCAGAAAACCGAGGAUAAAACCGACCCUAGUUCCCGGCCUCUAGUCAAAGCUGAUAUUCUCGUGUCGACACCUUUGAGUUUGGUCCAUGCGCUGUGUCCUUCGUGGGAAGAAGACGAACCCGAUCCUCCUCAUCCCAUACCAACUAUUGAAACAUUGGUUUUUGACGAAGCCGACGUUCUUCUGGAUCCUCUCUUCCGCUCUCAGACUCUAGCUGUCUGGUCAGCCUGCACGUCCCCUUCCCUACAAAUCAGCAUGUGGUCAGCCACUAUUGGAUCCAACAUCGAGGAACUCGCUGUGUCUACAAUACGUGAGCGCCAGAAACGCCUCAAGAUUCGUCGCAGUCAACGGCCCCAACUGCUACGGACCGUCAUUGGCCUUAAGGACACAAGCUUGCCAACGAUCUCUCAUCGCUUGACGUACACGGCGACAGAAUCGGGCAAGUUACUAGGCAUGAGGCAAUUACUCCAUCCAACGCGAUCUACAUUCUCGAACGGUAAUGAAGACACAACAGUCCCACUUCGGCCUCCCUUCCUGGUGUUUACUCAGACAAUCACUCGAGCACAAUCCUUGUACGACGAACUUCAGUACGAUAUACCUGCCUCCGCCGGUGGAUCUUCACGUAUAGCUGUCCUUCACUCUUCCCUGCCUGACCACGCCCGGGCAUCGAUCAUGCAGCAAUUUCGGCAGGGGAAGAUUUGGGUCUUAAUUACUACUGACUUGCUAUCUCGGGGCGUCGAUUUCAGGGGGGUCAACGUGGUUGUAAACUACGACAUUCCAACCACGGUGGCCGGUUAUGUACAUCGCGCUGGUAGAACUGGCAGAGCCGGAAGACAGGGGGGUGUCUGUGUCAGCUUUUACACCAAGGAGGACAUCCAAUAUGUCAAAGGAAUUGUCAACGUCAUUGCAGCAAGUGAAAAGCUACGGACUAGCUCGAGGAAUGGAGAAGUGUCUGGCAGCAACGCGGCAGCAACCGCAUCAUCUGUAACCACGACUGGCAUUCAACCUUGGUUGUUACAUGCCCUGCCCAAUGUCUCCAAGUCGGCGAAAAAGGACCUCAAACUCCAUGGCGUGGAGUCUCGACGAGCCAUUCAUGCGGAUGAUGACGAGAAAACCAAGCGAAUGAAACGGAAAUCUCGAAUCGGGACUCAGAGCGGUUACGAGAAACGCGAGGUAAACAGGAAGCGUGGUGCCGUUCAAGCCAGUCUUUCCACGAAGGGGAAGACCCCUCAAGAGAGCGAAGCAGGCGCGGAGUGGGAGGGAUUCAGUUGA